GUGAAAACGAUAUGUGGUAUUUUAGCCCGAAUGUGCCUCCAAAUAUGUGAGAAAUGUGAGAUUUACAUCACGUCGGACUCGGUCGCUACUUCAGCUGGAGUUACGUGCACAUCAUGGCGGACUCUCUGUUUCGGCUGAACGUGGACACGCUCGCUGAAGGAGACUGUCGCUGUCUCUGCGGCUCUUGUUAUUGUAUCUGGCGCUAGCAUUAGCCCGGGUAGCUAACACCGCUGUCUUCGCUUUCGACAGAUCCGAUGUUGAUUCAUUGCUGUGGGGCAGGAAGUUGAACCGCUAGGAUCAAGGUAAUUUCAGACAUUGGCGGCCGUCGGAGGAAUGCUCACGCUUUUUACGUAACGGGUCGCAGUCGCUACAUUGCGGUGUACGAGAUGCUGACGUUAAUUUACAAGUGAAAAGAAACAUCUGAUGCGUGUCUGCGUUAUAAGAGGAUACCUUUAUUAAAAUGUGAUCGCCAGCUGAUAUUCGUUUCCACGUCUUUAACGGUACCUCGUGGACGGUAUUGCUGUGUAAACAUUCCGGGAUGGAGCUGCAUGUGGGAGCCGCUGUGAUGGAUCUCGCCCGGCGCAUCACAGACAUUUGACUUGUUCGCCUGUCACAGAGAAAUCAUGUCUUGCAAAGAAGCCAACAAGGACAAGAAGUCGAGCUUCAGCAAGAAGCUGUUCAGGCGAGGCUCUGUGCGAUCCGUGGGCAGUUUCAUGAGCAGAUUCCUGAGGACCCUGACAGCCUUAUCCCACUAUGGAUCGGAAGUACAAGCAGAGGAUGACAAGGACGAUGGAGGGUUCUCCACGUUCAAGCCUGGGAGCAAAGAUGUGCCCAUGGACGAUGGGGACAUGGGGGGGUUCCUGUCCGGAGACAGGGUCCCCGGGGUGUCAGGGCUCAAGAACCACGGGAAUACCUGCUUCAUGAAUGCCAUCCUGCAGUGCCUCAGCAACACCGAACUCUUCGCUGAGUACCUGGUUCUGGAGCACUACAAAGGCGAGGAGGGGGAGGACGGGGACAGACCGAAGACUAAUGGCCUACACCUGCAGAGGAAGGGACCCCUGGCCAAAGGAGAGGUCACAGAGCAGCUGUCGGGACUUGUGCGGGCUUUAUGGACGUUUGAAUACACCCCACAGCACAGCAGAGACUUCAAGAACGCGGUGUCAAAAAAUGCCACUCAGUUUAAAGGGAACUCUCAGCACGAUGCUCAGGAGUUUCUGCUGUGGCUGCUGGACAGAGUGCAUGAGGACCUCAACACAGUCAACCCCAACAGCAGGCCCGCUAUAAAGCCCCCUAUUGAAGAAGACGAUGAAAGCAUAGAUGAGCCUUCUCUACCUCUCUCUGCUGGCUCGUUCGUACAAGAACUGUUCCAGGCUCAGUACAGGUCGUCUCUAACCUGCCCACAUUGCCAAAAGCAGAGCAAUACGUUCGAUCCCUUCCUCUGCAUCUCCUUACCGAUCCCACUCCCACACACACGGCCCCUGUACGUGACAGUGGUCUACCAGGGGAAGUACUCUCACUGUAUGAGGAUUGGAGUUGCUGUUCCCCUCAACAGCACUGUCUAUCGCCUCCGAGAUGCUGUGUCACGUGAGACCAAGAUCCCAAUGGACCAGUUUGUUUUGACUGAAAUGUACUUUGAUGGCUUCCAUCGUUCAUUUUGUGAUGACGACGAUGAUCUGGAGAUCAUUCAAGAGAGCGAUUCCAUCUUUGCCUUUGAGACACCAGAGACCUUCAAACUGGAAAAUUUACGCACAAAAAGAGGAAGUCUCCUUGCAAACCUGAACCACAACAACUUGAAGUAUGGGACUGAAAUCAGCAGGACUUCAUCAUUCAUGCAGGGGGCCAUGACUCCUGUUACUGCAUCACCCAAUAAAAACCUUGGACCAGAAAAAAUGAUCCUGUUGGUGUGUAACAGAGCCUGUUCUGGUCACCAAGGAAAGAGGUUCGGCCUGCCUUUUGUACUGUACAUGGAGCGCACUGUGACCUGGGACGGUCUCCAAAAAGAGAUCCUGGAGAAAAUGCGUCAUCUCUUGAGGCCUGGGGUCUAUAUUCAGGUGGGACCUUUCAGUCUUCGGGUGGUUGGCGUCGUUGGUAUAACCUACCUCCUUCCCCAAGAUGAGCGACCACUGUGUCACCCAACUGUGGAAAGAGCGUACAAGUCCUGUGGACAAGGUGGACCACCACAUGUGAAGAUAGUGGUCGAGUGGGACAAAGAGACAAAGGACUAUCUGUUUGGACACAUUGAGGAGGAGUACAUUCCCGAUGCUGAGAGUGUGUAUCUGCACAGAGAACAUCAUCACCAGCCGCAGGCCUGCACCCUCGCUCAGUGCUUUCAGCUCUACACGAAGGAGGAGCAGCUGGCCCCAGACGAUGCCUGGCGCUGUCCCCACUGCAAGCAGCUGCAGCAGGGCCGCAUUAAGCUCAGCCUGUGGACGCUGCCGGAUGUACUCAUACUCCAUCUCAAGAGGUUCAGACAGGAGGGGGACCGGAGGGUAAAGAUGCAGAACAUGGUGCGGUUCCCCUUGAUGGGCAUGGACAUGGCACCUCAUGUGGUGAAGAGGAGUCAGAGCAGCUGGAGUUUACCUUCCCAUUGGUCGCCAUGGAGGAGACCCUAUGGCCUGGGAAGAAACCCUGAUGACUACCUUUAUGACCUUUAUGCUGUGUGCAACCACCAUGGGAAUAUGCACGGAGGCCACUACACUGCUUACUGCAAGAACUCCAUUGAUGGUCAGUGGUACUGCUUUGAUGACAGUGAGGUUACCCCAGUAGCUGACGAUGACGUGUGUCAGCAGACGGCCUAUAUACUCUUCUACCAGAGGAGAACAGUUAUUCCCUCCUGGUCGGCCAACAGCUCUGUUGCUGGUUCCACUAGUUCCUCCCUGUGUGACCACUGGAUCAACAGGUUGCCUGGCAGCCGGCCUGCCAGCUUGGCCUCUGGAGCCUCGUCCAGACGCACCUCUCUGGCUUCACUGGCCGAGUCGGUUGAGUUUCCAGUGGAACGCAGUGAGGAUGAUGGUGGAUUCUCGGCCCGCCCUUUUGUGAGGAGCAUUCAGCAUCAGAGCUUGUCUUCCAGGUCGUCCAUCGCUAGUCCUUUAGCCUUCAGUGACAGUGGGGUAAAACCAUCUUGGUCUCUUUCUGCGAAGCUUCAUAUGAGAUCCAACUCGCCCUCACGGUUCUCCCUCGACUCUCGAUGCUCACCUCCUCUGGAGAGGAUAGGAGAGGCCUGCGAUGACAAGGUUUCCACUUCGUGUUUUGGCAGCUAUAGUCGACAUGAACGCUACUUUGGCAGCAGGACGCCAUUGUCGAUGAUGGAGAGCAACUUAAGUGACCAGGACAACAAUAAGCAGUUCCUAGACAUGGUGUACUGCAGGGCUCCCACUCCAGUGGAAAAGAAGAGCACCAAAAAUGAGCCAACUGAAAACAACAACCAGAUUACAGCUAUAGACCAAAACAUACUACCUGCCCAAGCGACGCCCUCCAAAGAACAGAAACGAAAGAGCAGCAUUGGAGGAUUUGCCUCUAAGGCUGAAACCACAGGCUCCACGAAGAGCACCAGCAAAGUGGAGCAGGAGAAAACUUCCAAAAAACGUUUGUGCUCAACCCAGAAAACCUCCACCCCUGAGACGUCUUCCAGCACACCUGUGAAAGGCAAGAAGGUGGGAAAUACUAAAGAAAAGAGUGUAAACGCCAAGAAAAACACCUCAACACCCAGUGGGACUCCCUCUAAAACAAAGGUAGCAAUUCAGCCUCUAGACGCAACGCCGCAACAUAAGCCAUGUGUCCGAUCCACACCUCAGUCCUCAGCUUCUCCCUCACCAACUGCAAAUAAAAAUGCCAGUGUCGCAGAGAAAAGCACUCUGAGUAGUCGUAAACGACUAGUGGAAAGGAGCUACAGCAGGGAUUCUAUGCACACUAGCCCUCUGGUCAACAAUCUCCGAGGCAGCUCAGUAGCUCGCUCUUCGCUCUCUAAGAGUGGGGAAUGCAACAGGAUUGAAAAGAAAUCUGUCAGGAGUUCAAGCAGUAGCUCCUCUGUAACUAGCCUGCGAUCACCAAGCGUGUCCACCAAGGACCUACAGCGCAACAGCAAGUCUGAGGAGAAAGGGUUGUCUUUCUUCAAGAGCGCCCUUCGACAAAGGGAAAGCCGCCGGUCGGCUGAUUUGGGAAAAAGCUCGUUGCUUGCUAAAAAGUCGUGCAAGCAAAAUGGUCAAGCCCAGGAAAUCGUUGCUGAGAAUGGAAAGGCAGGAGAUGCUGUGUCUUCACCAACAUCUACUGAGACUAAGUCAAAGACAAAAGAGUCUUCCAAGCCCCCCAGCUCUCUCAGUCGCACUCUACUAAAUGUAGGCAAGUCCAAGUCUUCCACUUCUGACGUAAGUCUCAAGUCGCCCACAAAAGGGAAGAAGCCUCUCGAAAGGAUGGCAUCUUCCCGAAAGCUGUCAUCUAGCAUGCAAUCUCCUGCACGUACAACACAGAGGCCUCAAUGAUAAACUCAUUGUAGUUAUAUUGAACGUACAUAUUGCAGCUAUUUUUUUUGUGCCUACGUCUCAGAGAGCAUCAGAUGUAUUUGUAAAGAGACACAUUGGAUGUUGUGGUUGUUUACACUCUCGUUGAUUGUAGAGGACUACUUGGUAACAGCAUUGGAGUAUUUAAAGCUGAACUCAAUAAAAAGCACUGUAGCCAUUUAAACAUUUUUCGGUGGCUAAAACUCCUGGUAAAAUUACAGUUCGAGUUAUUUGAGUACUUUGUAUCGUUACCUGUUACACCUUUAAGAAUUGGCAGGGUGAUAUAUGUAUUCUGGCAUGGAUGUUACCUAAGCAUGCUAUAUGCAUUCAGCUGUGCAGCAAAACCAGUUUGAUCGUGAGCACUCCAAGCCUGUUUGACAGCUGACAGAAUCCCCCCAUUGCAAUCUUGAAAUCCAAUUAUCUUUCCUUCAGAAAAGAUCUUUGUUAUAGCUACGAAAAAUAUUCAGGCAGAAAACCUUGGAUUGAAAUGCAGCUUCUUCCACUUUUAACGAUAGGAUGAGAGACAGUUUUACCUUGUACACACCAGCAAUGCACAGUUUUUCUUGUAUAGUAAAAUCUUUUUAAUUGAUAGAGGUUCACAUUUUUCAUGUGAGAUAAAAAAUAGCUGGUUGACGAUGCCCAAACUUCACUGCUCCUCUAUAAUGCAAACUAAAAAACAGUGGGAAGAGAACCACAACAGUGAUAAUGGUCUCUGGACAAAUACUGAAACAGUUGUUAUGCUCUCACACACAAAUGCACUUAUACUUUUUUUUCUGUCUUUGUGAGGACAUUUUGCAUUUCCUAACCCUUACCUUAACCAUCACAACUAAAUACCUAAACUCAACCCUUACCCCUAAGUCUACCCCUAACUUGAAACCAAGUCUUAACCCACAAAAGAGAGGACUGGCCAAUUGUCCUCAAUCCACGAGGUCAAACAUUCUGGUCCUCACAUAGAUAGAAAUACAAUUACACAAAGGGUCUCACUUCAUGAGGACAAAUAUUCAGGUCCUCACAAAGAUAGAAAUGCAAGUACACACACACACAAAAGAGUUUCAUUCCGAAAGACUUGUGACAAAGCAUUCAUCAAGUUUUCAUUGGUUGUUUAAGCUGGUCAAACUGGCCGUUGAUCGUUUUAAAACCUGCAGUCUAAACACACACACUGUCUCAAAACACCUCAUAGCAUUGGUUUACUUCAUAUUUGUGUUGAGAGUAUCUAGGAUCAAUAUGGAAUGGCAGUCCAAAAAUAAUAAUCUUCAUUGUUAACAUUAUAAGAGAAUUUGUGGAGUACACAGGUAAAAUCAGCUCUUAGACCAGACCAAGAAUUAGAAUUGGUACGAAAAAUUGAGGCAAAACUUUAUCUUUGUUUAAUAUUAGUACCUUUUUGACAGAAUUGUAUUUUAUUAGAUUCUUAUCAAAGUUGAGUGUGUUUCUUUUCCUCAGAAGAGAUGGUGUUUUGGAAUGAAACCCUUUAAAUGCAAAAUAUAAAAAUGUAUAUAUAUAUAAUUAUAUACAUGUUUCUGUACAGAUAUUGACAUAAGUAUAUAGUAUAAACCCCACUUAUUUUCCUCUCCAAUAGCAACAUGAAAAUGAUCUCAAGCGCCUUUCAGUACUGUACAAAUAAUUGCCUUUGGCAACAUAGUAGUCUACUACUGUAUGCAUCACUGAGUAGGAAUGUUAUGUUGUUUGCACUUUGUAUAGGUAAAGUAGUUUCCUCUUACCCUGAACAGUUAUAGAUAUAUAUAUAUAUAUAUAUAUGUAUAUGCAUACGUACACAAACUUAAUGAAUCUCAUUUUUAAUAUGUUGUCUGUACAUGAUUUCAAGACAUAUCGUAAAGUAAAGAGUCAAUGGGCCUUUAGGCGUGAAAUGGUAAAAGGGUACAUUCAUCUCAAGGUUUCAGGGGUCAUCCCUUCAUUCCUCCUGGUGCUGUAACAGACCACUGCUGUUCUGGCACUGAUGUUUUUAAAUGAACAUAUUUUCAAAUCCCGAUGUUCAGAACUGUGACCACGUAAACAUCAGUGAGCCAGAAACCUGUUGGCAGGGUUUAUCAUAAUAACCUGUGGUACCUCAUCGGAGAGGGCCGAGCUUCUUUCUCUUUUCUUCAUCAGGCUGAAUUAACAUGUUGAUAAUGAGCCAGUUAGUUCAUCGUAGAUCUUUGUUUGUGUUGUCUGCGAGCAGUCUGAAUGGCUGAAUUUGAUCAACUAUCAGGCGCUGCGAGGUUAAUGCUAAUUUAGCAGUAUAAUGAAGAGGCAGGUUAGUUUCACUUCGGCUGUAAUGAUUCUGGCCUGAAUCUGAAGCUUUACCAUUGUAGAAUAAAUUGCAAUAUUCAUACAGUAGAUACCAGCAUAGUGGAUGUUUUCAGUGAAUGAAUGUGGAUUUGUCAAUACUAAGAAGUUUUUUAUUUUAGCGUUAAAAUAAUCUGCAGUAUUUCUCUCAGCUGUUUCUCUGUAGCAUAAACCAGGUUUACAUUAGUUCUCAGAUGGUUUCAGAGGAAAUACCACUCCAAUUAAAGAUUAAGAAUGUUAUUUAAAAGGUCUGUGAAGGAGUUUUGGCUGAUUUAGUUUGUUAUUUUACAUCACAGGAUGUAUAAAGUAUCUCUGUGCAAAGUGGAGACUUCACCUUAUGUCUGGUGACUUGCAAAAGAUGGAUGGUGUCUUUAAUUCUACAGUUUCUAAAGAAAAAUGUAGUAUUCGUCACUGAAAGAUUCACAGCAAACUGUCAUUUGGCGAGUAAGAGAGUGAUGACUCUUAAUACUCAAAUUCCACUCAGAAAUGUUUUGCUGAAGUUUUAUGUGCAAAGAAAAACAAAUAGAUUCAGAAAAAAAACAGAUCAUAUUUACCGUUACUCCUGCUUGUAGCUUGGUAUGUUUCUGAGAAAUAAUUGAAUCAAAAUCAACAAACCUGACAUGUCAGAGGGUCGAAAUAAGAAUACUUGUUACCUUUUAGGUGAGGAACACAACUGACAUUAAAAUAUUCUUCCCUGACUUUGAAUUAUGUGCUGUCCUAAUAUGACAGUAUGGAGAAGUUUAAAAGUUAUCUACUGGAGACCUGGGAUUGUUUUGUCUGUUCAUCAAUCGACCUGUAACCAGUUGUCGGAAACUUUCUACGUCCACCAUAUGAAAAAUUGUGUAUGUUGUUUAAAAAUUCAUACACUGUAAAAAUGACAUACUUAUUGUUCAAUUGAAGUGGUUUUCCUAUAGCUGCUCUUUUAUAUGUUGUACUCUAUCAGGAACACGUGCAUGGCACUUUGGAUCAAAGCAGGACUAUUUUAUGUAAUUCAUGUUUUUCACUCUCGUUUGCUGGUUUUAACGUCAAACUUGAAGAAGCCAGUUCCAACCAAACCCUUUUUGACCCUGUUCCUGAACAGAACUGAAUUCUGAGCGCUGCAGCCUAUUGCCUUGUUUUCCAACCAUUUCACAAUUAUCCAUAAGAGUUUUGAUUAUAGCCACAGCAUUCUUAAAGAUUUCUUCUUUACAGCUUGUAAAAUUUGAUUAGACAUGCAGUUUGAGAAGCUCACUGCGGGCAGCUCAUGCUGUAGCAACUCUGUGGUAUUGUGCACCAAUACCAAUACCAAUGCGAAAGUUCUUAAAUUGUUUGAUAAUUUAAUAAUAUGAAUGUCCAUAUGAAUUGUGAUACAGCAACAUGCAUUAAUUUCGUGACAAGCAACCUUCCAACCAGUAGCUUUUAAUCAUUACAAAAACCUACUCUAAGAUUUCUACUUAUACCAACAUACUAGUGGUAAAGCAAUAAUCCAGCAAUCAUCUCGUUGAUUGAUGUGCAUCAGUUGGAGGAGGGGAGCUGAGGUUUUACAAAAACCUGCAAUAUGAUUGAUUUUGAGAGCUCAAAAUCCCAUUUAAAACCAGACGAGUACUGUGCUUCAAAUGAGUACUUUACCAUUCCAUUCUUCCAAAUGCGUAUCUGUCACAACAAGAUGUCAAAAAUCAAUGCGAGAUGUAACAGAAAAGCAUUUUAAUACGAUUUUUCACUCUCUCCCCUCACUGCAGUUCCUCACUUUACACAUUGUCGAUGUACAGAGUUGAUAAUGAUUAAGGGAAAGCAGUAUUUGCAUGAAAACGCUAUUGCAUGCAUUUCAUUGACUAUGCAAGAGUCUGCAGCUGUGUACAGUAGUAGGCAGAGCAUGGCCGGUAUAUUCCAACGCUUCAUUUGCACACAACUACGUAUGUUUUGAAAAUGUAUAGUAUCUCAUCUUUCCGAUAAAGGGAAAAAACGUUGCCUAUAUGGAAAUCUAUUUAAUGCCCUCAUUUCCUAUAGCAUUCUAACAUUUAAUUUGUAUGUGUAUUUUUUCCUCAUUAUCUUGUGUUUUGUUUAUUUCUGCUGAUCUGUGCUCUCUGGGUGCUCCUACUACACUGGUAGGUUACGCUCUUUGUUUUUGUUGACAAGAUGUUAAAUAUUUACUGUUGUACUCCAGCAGAGACAACACUAAGGAUGCGAUAAUCUCUAUGCGGCUACUGCAUAGCCUAAUGUAUGUAUGUAUUGUGAAAAGGCCUUCCAUUAUUUCACUUCAGUGGAAACGGUUUGUGAACCUGUUUAGAACAAUGGCUGCGUCAAAGAUGUGGUCGGUCUCUUAUGUAGGCAACUCAAACAAAUGAGUAUAUAUAAAUGGCUAAAUGCAAUAAAGAUAGAAAGCAAAUUUAUAGUUUUAUAUUACACUAUGUAAUGAACAAUCAUGAUGUGAUUUUUAUUCUUUUUUAUUUCCAAGAAGGCAGUUAAUCAGUAAACUUUUGAAUGAUCUAAAGCGGUGCCACUCUUUUGUUUCUGAUAACUGGUGAACUGGGGAUAAAACAAUCACUCUAGUUGUUAAAAUGCAAACAGGCUUCUCAGAAGAAGUCCAUCAUGUGCAAACUGUUUUUAAUAUUUUACCACCUUAAAUCAAAGUUGCAAUAACCACUGAAAGUGAGAAACAUUUGAGCCACAGAUUUAGGUUUCUUCUGUAGAUUGUGUGGUUCAAUAGCAACACUGGGUGGACAGUUGUUGAGAAGACUCAAAAUAAUUUUAAUUUGAUGAAUGUAUAUAUAUUUUUUUAGGGCAUAAAGACGAGGCUUUCAAGGACAUCUGUCAAAUGUAAACACUACAAACUGAUAAUAUUGAAACUUUACGGGAACCUUAAGGAAACAAAUUGUAACGGUUAUUUUGUAUCUGGAUAGUACAGAAACUAAACAGCUGUAAAAUGAAUGAAUGUCAUGAGUCUCUUUUUUUUUAAAGAUUACAUUAAGGACAUUAGUGCUAAAUGCACAGCACAUCUCUGCUUUGACCUUUUUUUUUAUAUCUUUUACUUGUUCUUUUUGUAAUGUAUCGUUCUGGAGCAUUUUGUAAAAUACAUAAUGUUGCAUUUAUUGUGAAUUCUUUUCUUAUUAAGGCCAUCUUGCUGUAUUAAGUUCAUGAGGAUAUUAUCGAAAUCUGCAUUAUUUGAACAGGGCGAUUGUUUGUUUUAUAUAAUUUUCCAGUAGGGCCUCUGUUACAUUUUUCUUGUUUAUCUUUAUUUGUUAGGCAAACUGUUAAUUGAGUAGUUUAAAGUUCAUCAGUGUCAGAGUCUUCUGUGUUAAUUUAUUUCUCUUUUUUUAUCAUAUAUAUGCACUUUUUUAUUAUAAUAUCUCCAAAAGACAAAUGUGUAUAUACUAUGUUUAGCCAUGCAAGUAAAAAAUAAAAAAUCUGAUUAAAAAUACUGAAACUGUU